AAACCACCUGUAGCGGAUCUGUACUCUCAGCACAAAUGCACACUGUGUAAUAAACUUCUGAAAGCCACCGUGUUGAGGGACACUGAGACAUCUUCUGAUCCAGAAUCUUUUUUUUCUAUUUAUUUGUUUGAACGUCACUCCUAUGAAAAAUAAUGUUAUUGAUGCAUCGAUUGUUGAUAUCAAUAUUCAUCUUGACAGCAGGCAUGACUGCUGGUUCAUCUACCACGCAUCCUUAUACAUCAACAGUGGGAAUCAAUGCAAGCCCAACUAUUAAUACAAACUCAGCAAACACUAACAAUUCUACAACAAGCACAACCACUAUUAGCUCUACUGGCGCACCAACAAGCAUUUCAUCUGGGAGUGCAACUACACUACACAGCAAUGCCACCACUCCACUGCCUGCAACACAUGCUAGUGUCACAUCUCCCCCUUCAUCUACUCAAAUCAACGUGGCAGGCUCAUCCACAGCUACCCCAGGAAAUGCUAAAAGUUCAUCAAUGAGUACAGUGACUGCCACAACUCCACCUGCAUCUGUGACUGCCACAUCCAACACCAUAAGUACACCUGUAUCUACACCAGGGAACACAACAAACCAUACUGCAACUCCAUCAGGAACCACCACUAAUUCUUCUGUUAUCACAUCAGGUCAUGCCACAACUCCACCUGCAUUUGUAACUACUGCAGCCAACACCAUAAGUCCACCUGUAUCUACACCAGGGAACACAACAAACCAUACUGCAACUCCACCAGGAACCACCACUAAUUCUUCUGUUAUCACAUCAGGUCAUGCCACAACUCCACCUGCAUUUGUAACUACUGCAGCCAACACCACAAGUCCACCUGUAUCUACACCUGGAAAUGCUACAAACCAUCCUACACCAGUCACCAAUCCCCCUGUUACCACAUCAGGAACUGCUUCAAUUCCACCCUCAACUGCAGGAGACGAUGUCACUACUCCACCUUUUAGCACUUCUGGCAACACAACAGUUGUUGUCACCACUGCUACUCUGAUCACUCCAGUCAAUGUCACAUCUACAUCAGGAAACCCUGCAACUCCACCCAUAACUACCCUAAGCAAUGCGACAUCUCCCCCCUUUACCACACAUGUUUCACACGUAACUACACCUGGAAAUGCCACAGUUCCACCGGUAACCACACCAGGCAACACAACGUCAGCCCUGCCUAUUCCAGUUAAUGCCACAACCCCACCUCAGCCUACACAAGGUAAUAUUACAAGUGCACCCAUAACAACACCAAGCAAUGCCACAAAUUUACUCAUACCAACAUCAGGAAGUGUCACUGAUCCACCGCUAACAUUUCCUCCACUAACCACACUAGGUAAUGCCACUGUCUUACCUACGACUUCUUUUGGCAGUGGUACCACACCUGCUACAGCUGCCCCUCAAACUACACAAGGCAAUGCCACAUCUCCAUCACUGAGUACAACAAGCAAUUCCAUAGUUCCACCCACUGUAGCACCAGGCAAUACCACAACUCCCACAUCACUUACUAACCCAGGCAAUGUAACUACUCCUUCUGUUACAACACUAGGAAAUGCUACAACAUCACCUAUGACAACACCAGGCAAUGUCACAACACCACCCAUAAAUACAGCAGGGAAUGCUACAACACUACCCACCGGUACACCAGGAAACACUACAGCUCUACUCUUUACAACACCAGUAAACACUACCACACCACCCCAAAAUACACCAGUAAACAUCACUGCACAGCACCUCACUACACUAGGAAAUGCCAGCACACUACCCAUAACUACUAAAGGAAACAAUAUUACACAACCCCUCACUACACCAAAUGCUUCCACACCACUUAUAACUACAACAGGAAAUGCGACCACACCACCUCUUAUUACACCAGUAAACACUACUACACCACAUACAACUACACCAGGAAAUGCUACCACACCACCUAUAACUACACCAGGAAAUGUUACCACAACACCUAUAACUACACCAGGAAAUACCACCACACCACCCAUAACUACUAUAGGAAACAACACAACACAUCCCCUCACUACCACAGGAAAUGCCACCACAUCACAUAUAACUACACAAGGAAAUGCUACAAUAUCAAACAUAACUACACCAGGAAAUAAUACCACACCACCUAUAACGACUAUAGGAAACAACACAACACAACCUCUCAUUACACCAGGAAAUGUUACCACACCACCCAUAACCACACCAGGAAAUGUUACUACACCACGCAUAACCACACCAGGAAAUGCUACUACACCACCCAUAACCACACCAGGAAAUGCUACUACACCACCCAUAACCACACCACCACCCAUAACCACAUCAGGAAAUGCUACCACAACACCCAUAACCACAGCAGGAAAUGCUACUACACCAUCCAUAACCACACCAGGAAAUGCUACUACACCACCCAUAACCACAUUAGGAAAUGCUACCACACCGAACAUAACUACACCAGGAAAUGCUACCGCACCACCCAUAACCACACCAGGAAAUGCUACUACACCACCCAUAACCACAUCAGGAAAUGCUACCACAACACCCAUAACUAUACCAGGUAAUGCUACCACAACAUCCAUAACUAUACCAGGUAAUGCUACCACACUACCCAUAACCACACAAGGAAAUGCUACCACACCGAACAUAACUACACAAGGAAAUGCUACCACACCACAAAUAACUACACCAGGAAAUGCUACCACACCACCCAUAACCACACCAGGUAAUGCUACCACACCACCCAUAACUACCUCAGGAAAUGCUACUACACCGAACAUAACUACACCAGGAAAUACUACCACACCACCUAUAGCCACAGCAGGAAAUGCUACCACGCCACCCAUAACUACACCAGAAAAUGCUACUACAGCAAACAUAACUACACCAGGAAGUGCUACCACACCACCCAUAACCACACAAGGAAACACUACAACAACACCCAUAACUACUAUAGGAAACAAUACAACACAACCCCUCACUACAUUCGGAAAUGGUACCACACCACCUAUAACCACACCAGGAAAUGCUACCACACCACUUACAACUACACCAGGAAACACUACAACACCAUUCGUCACUACAACAGGAAAUGCUACGACACCACCCAUAACUACACCAGGAAACACUAAAACACCAGCUGUCACUACACUGGUAAAUGCUACCACACCAAUAAUAACUACAUCAGGGAACACCACUACACCAGCAAACGCUACAACAGGAAAUACUACCACUUCACCUGUAAUUACACCAGGGAACACUACAACAGGAAAUGCUACCACAGGCAAUUCUACUACUGGACCUACUAACCCAACUAACACCACAACCCCACAAGCUACUUGUCCUGCAGUGCCAUGUCCAGCACUCAGUGUCUGUGUGAAUUCCGCCUGUCAGUGUUUGGCAGGAACCUUGUUUGAUAAUGGUGCUUGUGUUGUAACCAAAACCUUCCCUAGUAUGCUGCGCAUGAAUCGCACUUUUGUCACAAAUAUGGAUAAUCCCCAAUCCACAGAAUUUAAGGAAAUUGCAAAGGAGAUCAUCUCUGCGGUAAAUACGGCAAUGCGUAACCAGUCAAGCUACAUUAAUAGUGUGGUUCUUAAGUUAGCGAACGGCAGUGUAAUAGCUACAGUAAACAGUUUUUUUGAAGUUAAUUCUCCAGUUACCCAGAAAACAUUUGACCGGACUAUAGAGGAAGCUAUAAAAAAUUGCGUUUCACAAUCCUGUGGCAUUCUUGCUAAUGCUAAUUACACUGCAACCAGCCUGUGUGCGCAGUUACCUGCUCCUUGUGAUGACAUCUCUACAGUUUGUGGCAUGAACGAUGGUCUUGUCAACUGUCCCUGCAGACCUGCCUAUGUACCCAAUCCUUACCAGAGCAUGAGUUGUGUAGUCUGCCCCAGUGGCCAGAAAGCGGAAGAAGGGAGCUGUGUUCCAUGUCCGUUUGGCUAUUCUGGAUUCAACUGUAAUGACUCCUCUCUGUUGGCUCUAGUGGUAGUGGCGUGUGUCUUAGGGGGAAUUCUGCUCAUUGUCAUUUUGGCUGUUCUCAUCUACAUCUGUGUGACUCAUAGAAGGGGGAAGUCUCGGGACAGUUUUUACAGCACCCCAUAUCCUAUUGAGAAUCCAGGCCAGUCCACGUGGUCCUCGCAGGGUAUCGCCCCUAUUCCUCGUGCCACUCUGGCUUCCAGUUCCAGCAAUAAUGCCGGUGACAUCUCUCUGGAGAUGACAGAGGGGGCGGGCAGGAAAAGAAAUAGCAACGGAUUGAAGAUUAGAGGAAAGACGGGCUCAUAUGAUCUCACAACGGAUGGCAUGAGGACCUUUAAAGGGAAAAACCCCUCACGGUACUCGUACUUGGUGGGUCAGGAAAACCCCUACUACCUGGACGGAGAGGAGAGGAGAACCACAUGAGGAAAGAUGGAAGGCUUGGGUACAGGUGUAUAAUGCACAGGUGGAAGCGUGUAAAGGGAAUAAGAAUAAAAAGUGCAAUAGAGCAACAUUAUAACAUGCCUUGGAUCAAAAUGUAGAACUCUUCAUGUUUUAAAUUUAAAUUGUCAACAUUCAGCAGCAGAUUUUUUUAUUUUUAAAUAUCUCUCACCCAGGAUAAAAUGCUCGCUUCCUACAAGUGCAUUAAUGAUUGGGUAUACUUUUACACAGCAUGCAUUUACUGAGGUGUUCUCAUUAAGCUAAUGAGAGCAGUGAACAUGUUGACGUUUUUCUUUAGUUUCAUAUUGAAUGUUUUGUUAACGCACCUGUCAUUUUCGUUCAGACUUCUCGCAAAUGUUACUUCUAGAGAAAAUGCUUUGGUAUGAAGGAUAAAGUGUUGAGACACAUUUGAAGUUUACAACCGAAGACACGUUCUUAUGAAGAAUUUCAACAAAUGUAAUUUAUCUAGCUAACCUUGGAUAGGUGUACAGUAGAGUGACGUUCUGCCACCGUCUAAACGUUACUUUGUAGCGUGAGCAUGUUUCUUCACACAGUGAUAUCAAAUAUAUUAUGUAUGUAUGUUUGUGUGUGUGUGUGUGUGUGUGUGUGUGUGUGUGUGUGUGUGUGUUCAUAUUUUUAUAUCCCAGUGGGGACCUAAACUUGAACGCACACCAACACAUGGGGACUCGUGUCACCGUGGGGACCAAAAUUGAGGUGCCCCAUGGGCAAAAAAGCUUAUAAAUUGUACAGAACAAUAUUUUUUAAAAAUCUAAAAGUGCAAAAAGUUUUCUAUGAUCUUUAGGUUUAGGGUUAGGGAUAGAAUAUACAGUUUGUACAGUAUAAAAAACAUCACGCCUAUGUACUGUCCCCGCGGAGAUAAUAAACCAGACGUGUGUGUGUGUUUAUGUCUCUACCUUUUGAGAUGAUGUCUACCAGAAAGGUCUUAAACUCUCAGUUUUGAAUAAUUGGCUGAAAGCUCCAAAGAAUUGUUUUAUAUCAGGGAGAUGCAUGUCAACAUAAAAUCUCUGUGUCUGAAUGUGAUGUUGUUAUUUGAAUAGGAGAUUUAUGCAAUAAAGAGGAGCUUUUAAAGAGG